AUGUUUGAUGCUGAUAGAUCCAUGAAUUGCUGGAAUGGGAGUAAAAUGGUACCCUUCACCGACUUGUUCAUGUCAAAUGGAGGCUCCCCAGUUUGGCUAAGGGACAACGUUCUUGCUCUUCCUCGCCUUCCUUCAAUUCGCCUAUUUCUUGCCCGCACACUGUGCAUUAAGCUUUCCUCAUCAAACACUGCCACAAAGCCCCAUCCUACAGUGGUUUGGUCAAUUGGGUCGAAGCCCAAAUCGGAGAAAAGGUCGAAUUCCGGGUCUUGGGUUCGAGUUUAUAGCAGUGGAGAUGUUUAUGAAGGUGAAUUCCACAAAGGGAAGUGCUCUGGAAGUGGGGUGUACUACUAUCAUAUGAGUGGGAAGUAUGAGGGUGAUUGGGUUGAUGAGAAGUUUGACGGGUAUGGUGUUGAGACUUGGGCCAAAGGGAGUCGAUAUCGCGGGCAGUAUAGGCAGGGACUGAGGCAUGGUUAUGGUGUGUAUAGGUUUUACACUGGUGAUGUUUAUGCUGGAGAGUGGUGUAAUGGGCAGUCUCAUGGGUGUGGAGUUCAUAAUUCUGAGGAUGGGAGCUGUUAUGUUGGGGAGUUUAAGUGGGGGGUCAAACAUGGGCUUGGCCAUUACAAUUUCAGAAAUGGGGAUACAUAUGCUGGAGAAUAUUUUGCUGACAAGAUGCAUGGUUUUGGGGUCUAUCGAUUUGGAAAUGGACACCGCUAUGAAGGUGCCUGGCACGAGGGGAAAAGGCAAGGGCUUGGUCUGUACACUUUCAUGUCUGGGGAGACUCAAUCGGGUCAUUGGCAAAAUGGGGUUCUCAAUAUUUCGAGCUCUCAAGACACCCUUCCUGAAUCUCCCUUCACAGUUGACCAUGCCAAAGUUCUUCACGCAGUCCAGGAAGCACGGCGAGCUGCCAAGAAAGCAGUUGACGUGGCAAAGGUGGAUGAAAGGGUGAAGAGAGCUGUAGCAGCAGCAAACAAAUCAGCCAAUGCAGCAAGAGUUGCAGCGGUGAAGGCUGUCCAAAGCCAAAUGUAUCACAAAGAUAAUAAUGGCGAUUUACCCAUACCAAUUGACUGAUCCUCUAAAGCAAAAGGAAUACAAGCUACAAACGAGAACCUAUUUCAGUUUUAUGUGUUGCUUCUUUUUUUUUUAGGUUAGUUAUCUUUUUUGCUUCUUUAUUUCUUUUUCUUGUCAAAGAGAUGAUGCAACUGCAAGGUACACCUGCUUGGAACCCCAUUCAGUUCGAGAAAAUGGCUGAUUGAGGAGCAAGAUGGGUUCUCUUCUUUGUACUUAAAUUAUAUGUACAUUUUUUAGGAAUUAAUGUAUAGUGUGAGUGAAGGAUAGCACUGAAAUGCUUGAGGUUAGUGCAGGUUUUGUAUGUACUUGUUUUCCGUCCACCUGUAAGUGUAAUUACUAGUCAUUUUUUCUUACUUGUGCCUGAAAGAAAUUGGCAAAGUUAUUGUUGUAUUGGACCGAAGAAUGCCUUUGU